GGUCUGUCUUUGCUAAUUUUUGCUAAUUAAGCACAGCUGGAGUUGCAGCUCACUUGGGCCUGACACUCCCUGGCAGAGCUGACCUUCCUUCCUAGCCCUUCCUCCUCCGGGGACCAUGUGGGGGGUGCAGGCCAAGCCCACCACCUUUCAAGAGAGGAGAUCCUGGCAGACUGCAGAUGAGAAAAGGGAGCCUUUGAAGAGCAAGAACAACAAAGGACUGAGCAGUGAAAAAGGAUCCCGAAAGCGGAAGGUCCCCGGGAGUCAUGAGAAGGACGUUACUUCUGAGAAACCGGGCGCCGUCUGCCCCAGGACCUCAGCAGAGCCGGCUUUGCAAAGAGUUGCUCCUGCCUCUGAGGUCCUUGUGGAGGAGCUCUCGCAAGCCAUGUUGCGCCUGGGCAUGGGUCUGGAGAAGGACAACUUCAGGGCUCCUUUCUCCCCCCUUUCCUCCCCACAGCAGAAGCAGCCGCAUUACGCCUUCCGGGGGCUUGACGUGCCCAGGUCUGUGACGGGAGAGAUGCGCGGCCUCAUCAUCGAUUGGCUGGUGCAAGUACAUGAAUACCUGGCCCUGGCGGACGAGACUCUCUUCCUGGCCGUCUACCUCUUCAACGCCUACUUGAAAGCGGGCCGAGUGCGAAUCUCCACCCUGCAGCUCCUGGCUGCCACCUGCCUCUUCCUGGCCUGCAAGGUAGAGGAGAGCAGUUGCCCUCAGCCGUCCCAGCUCUGCUUCAUGAUGGAGGACUCAUUCAACCAGAAGGAGCUGCUGCGCAUGGAGCGCAAGAUCUUGGCCCGCCUGAAGUUCGAGCUGCACUAUGCCAACCCUGUCCACCUGCUGCACCUGCUGGCAGAAGUGGGCCAUUGUGCCAGGGAGGUGCUCCUCUUGGCCAUGUACUUCCUGGAGCUUUCGCUGGCCGACUGCGACUGCCUGCGCUUUGAGCCUGCACAGCUCUCUCUGGCUGCCCUGGGCCUGGCACAGAGGGUGCUGCCGGAAGAGGGCGCCAGGCUCUGGGAUGCUCUCCAGGAAGGUGCCCCGAACCUCCACUCGUACAGUGAGUCUGAGCUGUCGGCAGUGCACCCUCCCAUGGCCAAGGCUGCCCUGCGGGGGCCCAGUUCCGCCCUCCGUGCCACUUUCCUGAAAUACUCGCGGCCUCAAAAGCUCUGCACCAGCACCAGCCCCGCCAUCACAACCUCCGAGUACCUGAGCUGCUUCCUGGGAAGCCCCACUCCAUGAAGAGGGGUCUGCUGUGGGUUUGCCUUUAGGGCCCAUCGCACCCCGUUGCAGGGCAAGAGGAGCUUUCCCAGGCCUGCUCCAUGGA